GAGUUGUCAAACAGUUAUGGCACUGGAAAAAUCUCUGAGCUUGAAACAUUUGUCCAAACAAACAAGGAAAAGUUUGAAACUGAUAAUAAUCUUGGAUUAGUGAUGCAAGUAGUGUCUUCUGUGUAUAAACACAAUAUUCAGCGGUUAACUCAAACAUACCUAACUCUUUCCCUCCAAGAUAUUACUAACACUAUCCAGCUAAGAGGCCCUAAAGAGGCAGAAAUGCAUGUGCUUCAGAUGAUUGAAGAUGGUCAGAUAUAUGCAACAAUCGAUCAGAAGGAUGGUAUGGUUAGAUUUCUGGAGGAUCCUGAGCAAUAUAAAACAUGUGGAAUGAUUGAACACAUUGAUUCAUCAAUUAAGAGAUUCAGGUCUAACGUUACUAGAGAAGUAACGGAUUUAGGUGAAGUUCUAAGGAAGAAAAUGGGUAUUGAAGAGAUGCCCGUAAUGGCAAUGAUGAUGCCCAGAAUGGGAUUUAGUGCUGGAGGGAUGAAGGGAAAACGCGGAGCAGCUGCAGGGAAGACGGAGGAGAAAUCUGAGAAGGCUGUAUUUGAUUUGAACCUUGAAGGUGGAUUUGAUGCUGGGGCGAAGAUUAAGAUUAUUAACGAAGUAUCUUUUACUGAUUUGGGACUUACGGAAGCUAAGGAUUUGGUGGAAAAGGCUCCAACUUGUUUGAAGAAAGAGGAAGCUGACAAAAUUAUCGAGAAGAUGAAAGGGGUUGGAGCUAAAGUUACUAUGGAGUGACGCAACUGUUCAUGUUACUUCAAUCAAAAUGCUGCUAAUGAAGAAUUUGAAUCAUCAUGGGAUGCAUUUCUUGUAAUAGGGAUAGAUGUAUUGUACCAAUAUUGACCUCACUGUACUCUAUGUUUCUAUGAUAUUGAAGAUUGUGAAUCCAG